AACUGUAUCCCUCGCUAAAAGUAUCUCGGCCCAAUUCCCAAAACCCUACUCUCUAAAGUUCAGAAAAUGGAAAAUGGCAACCGCAUCUGUGGCGAUCGGCGUCCUCAGGUAGGCGUCGCCGUUUUCCUUCUCAAAUCCUCCUCCAUUCUCCUCGGCCGUCGCCUCUCCUCCGUCGGCUACGGCACCUUCGCCCUCCCCGGCGGCCGCCUUGAAUUCGGAGAGAGCUUUGAAGAGUGCGCGAGGAGGGAGGUGAAGGAGGAGACGGGGAUAGAUGUGGCCCGGGUCGAGAUCUUAACGGUUGUGAACAUGGUGGCGUUGGACGGCCCGAAUCCGACCCAUUUUGUUACCAUGAUUGUUCGGGCUGAGAUGGCGGAUUUGGGCCAGAGCCCUACCAAUAUGGAGCCCGAUAAGUGUGCUGGGUGGGCUUGGUAUGAGUGGGCCCAACUUCCCCAACCCUUGUUCGGGCCACUUGAGGAUCUUGUGAAGGGAGGCUUUAACCCGUUUGUAGCUUCUCGAUUAAUGUAGAAUUAGCUGUGAUUAUUGAUUAAUAAGGCUUAUUUUCUUGAUUUAGCA